AUGCAGGCCGCUCAGGCUCGCCCGCUGGGCGCACCCGAGUGUGCUUGUAUCUUCAGGGCCCCAAUGUGCCGCGUCAGGCCACUCAGCAGGGCCGUGGUGGCGCCUGCCGUCGCUCGUGGCAGCCCGGUGAGGGUCUCCCGCGCCCCAGUCAGCGGUGCCAAGCCCACCAGCGUCAUCGAACCCAGUCUAUACGCGGUUGAGGAGGUCCUGGGCGCGGAGGUGGAGGUCCUGGCGCCGGGUGCCGUCGACGCCGGCCUUUUUGAGGCGGACCUCAGCGCGCAGGCGUUGGUCGACGAGCUUGAGGCAGUCUCAGCGCAGCUUGCCCAGGCGCUUGACGCACUGCCGGCCGUCGGCGCGGCCGACCUCGGCCUCGCCGGCUGGUCGGACGGCGGCGUUGGCGGCGACAUGCAGCGCGGCGACGACGGCAUGUACACCCCUUUGCCGGCGGACCAGGCGCGCCUGAAGCAGGUGGUGGACAUCAGCCGUGAGGAGCGCAAGGAGAAGGAGCGGCGGGAGAAGGCGGAGAAGAGGGAGAAGCGGGACGCGCGGCUGCGCGCGCAGAAGCGCCUCGAGGCCCGUGCCGCGCGGCAGGCGCAGGAUGCGGCCGCCGCAGCGCCCAGCGGCAGCGACAGCGGCGCAGGCAGCAGCAGCAGCAGCGGUGCGGCCACGGGCAACCGCGGCGGCCCCGCCGGGCCGGGGCCCGCGUCAGUCUCGACGUCGGAGGCGCUGGCGGCGGCCACGGCACGCGCGGCGCAGCGCGCGCGGACGAGCGCGGCGGCGCCGGCCCCCUCGGCGACGGCGGCAGCAGUGGCUGCGCCCGGUGUCUCCGGCGCGCCGCAGGCCACCGCGCCGGUGCCCGCGCCGCCGGCUGUCGAUGGGCCGCCGGCCGCAGCAGCUGCAGGGGUCACGGGCCUGGCUGUCGCCUCGACGGCCGCGCCACCGCUGGAUCAGUCUUAG